AUGGCUAAAAUUACAGACCUUCCAACGGAAACGCUCUUGGAGGUUGCCUCCCAUCUUGAGGCAGGAAUACAUCUGGCACAUCUUGCCCUUACUUGUCAUAGAUUUGUCGACAUACUCAUGCCUCAAGUGUUGGAUACCAUGGCCAUUCACCUGGAAGAGGCGACGUUCCAGAAGAGCAUCAAGAUAUCUCCGCCAAUUGACCACCAAAUUAGCAGGGAGCCAAGACGUGAUAUUUUCAUUAGGUCAUACGGAAAAAUUGAAGUUUAUGUCCAUAAGACGACUUUGGAGCAAAUGCGCAGCGUACGUUGUUUGAUUUGUCGAGCCAAGGAGAUUCGAGAUGUGGAAUUGUUUGUCGCCGAAAGCUCGAGGGGAACUAACCUCCGGAACCUCAUCGAGGGCAUGGGUACAUGCAUUGGAAGGCGUCAUCUACGGCUCAGGGUGACCACUGUUCCCAGAAAAAGUGGUAUUACAGUGCGAAUUUUUCAGCCAAAUGUUGUACCUAGCCAAAUCACGGCGUCCACAGAGCCGACAACGACCAUCCACAUCACAUCUUCGGUGACAUUCACGACACUCGCUCGAGUGACCAACCCUCUACAAAUCAUGCAACCCGCCAAUAUUGACAACCAGUCUACACAGCCUUCUCAGUCUGAUUCUGUACAGGCACCAUCUAAUGUCAUAGAGGCAUCUAGUGCUGUAAUCGGAACGCGAAGAAAUAGCAGACUUUGGUCAUUUCCACUGCCGUCAUUUUUUCGCAGAAGGACUACACGUUCACCAAGCUCUCAGAACUCAUCCACUACGUCCCAGACAGCUGCGUCGCCUUCAAAUGUAUUAUUCACAUCAGCUUCGGACUUGCCACCUUCGGCAGCGGCUGGAAUUUCCUCUGGGAUCAUGCCGUCACCAACCACACACCCAACAUCUUCCGCCAGAGAGAUACCAAUUGAAAUUAGGAAUAACACGUCGGGUGUAGCGAUGAAAGGGCAUGCCUCUAAUGUUUUCUACGCUGGGGUGCAAAGAGACCCCAUAUUCUACCACAACUCAUUCCCAAAGCCCCUUGUAUCGUCUUUAUUUAUUGACGGCGACACGCCCUUUCACCAUGCGGUUUACUCCGCUGUAACGCAAAAUGCACUGCGUUCUGGAAUAACCAAUCUCUCCAUACAUCGAAUGUCUUUCCCACCUAGUAGAUGGACUCACAUCUUGCCCACUAUCGCACUUCCAGCUUUGAAAACUCUGACAAUUGGCAACCUUGCCAUAGCCUUCGAAGACCUUACGACUUUUCUGCAACGUCAUAACACAAUUGAAACAUUAAUUCUGAUAGAUAAUCAACCCAUUGACACGGCAGCCAACUUACCUUCAAUUAAUGGGUCAUUUCUCACAAAUCUAACGUCACUUACUGCAAACCCUGAUUAUAUUGUGUCGUUCCUCCGAGGUAAAAAGCCAGGUGGCCUCUCUUCACUCGGGCGCUUAUGCAUACUUAGCCACGGCAAUGAGCACCACUAUCUUUCGAUGCGGUCGAUCUAUCAUUUGUUGUCCACAGACAACUUCAGCGAGUUAGUGUUAGUUCUUGAUGACCUGGGUACAAGCUGCUUGCUCGAAUGGCUUCUCAGUCCAGAGUCAGGUGCUAAGCAGGAAGAUGGGGCAUCGGAUUGCUUACGCGGCGUUAAAACCUUAAUUCUCAACAUGGACGACGUGAAAUGGGUAUCCAGAGAGCUGGUCAUAACGUUAAACAAUUGGGUGAACGGUUCUUCUAGCGCUGACGGAGUCCUCGCCGUCGGAAACCCACCCAUCAAAGGCGUCAAAUCAUGGGAUGUCCGGGAAAAUACAGAAACACUCAUAUGGACCAAGUGCAGACGACUGGAGGCCUUGAAGUUAGGAAGGAAGUUGCGCACAAGACCAAGAGAACGACGAGAAGCAUAA